AUGAGGACCUCCAUGUCGAAGAUCCUGACUGCUGUGACGAUCGCACGAGUAGCAUUAUCUCUGGAUGUUUCAGGAACCACCAAAUUUCAAUCUUCAAGCAAACGGGGUCUCGUCUACAUCUCUUCGGAACACUCGUCCGACGAUCAGAUAUGGGUUGAAGGUAACUCAGAUUUGACGUGGUACUAUGACUACACGGACAUACCUAUAGACGCGUACUCAAAUCGCUCCCAGGCGGAGUUCGAGUUUGUGCCAAUGCUUUGGGGAUCUGCAAACAGCUCGGCAUUUGCUUCAGAGAUUAGAUCGCAGAUGACAGCGGGCCGAAACAUAACUCAUAUCUUAACGUUCAAUGAACCAGAUGGAUCAGCAUCAACAGGCGGGAGCGAGAUUUCUCCAGCUGACGCUGCCAGCAUCUGGAUAAAAGACAUUGAGCCUCUGCGGAAUGAAAGUAUAAAGAUCGGCGCUCCCUCUGUGACAGGAAGCCAAAAUGGACUCAGUUGGUUAAGCCAGUUUUUCACGAAUUGCACAUCCUUAGGGACCAAUUGCACGGUUGACUUUAUUCCCUUGCAUUGGUAUGGAGAUUUCCAGGGCCUCGCGAGUUAUAUCGGCCAGGUAGUUGCAAGCUAUCCAAACACUUCAAUUUGGAUAACAGAAUACGCACUUCCACAUUCCGAUUUAAAGACCACCCAAUCGUUCUUCCAAACAUCAGCCGAGUACUUUGAUCGGCUGGAUUAUAUCGAAAGAUACUCAUACUUCGGGUCGUUCCGGUCAUCAGUCUCUAAUGUUGGGCCGAACGCGGCAAUGUUGACCCAGGAUGGUCAGCUCACAGACAUCGGAAGCUGGUAUCUGGGUGGUGCAGCCACUGGUAAUUCUCCGAGUUCGUCUUCAUCUGGCUCUAGCCCUACGAAUUCUGGUUCCACUGGUGCCGGGUAUAAACUUAAUUCGUGGAAAUCCGGACUACAAGCGCUGAUAACGACUUUUGCUGUUUUUAACUUUGGUAUAUGGUUCUAG